AUGUCUGGAAACAGUAAAAGUCCUGCUGAAGGUAGUGCUGAUUCCUAUAUCUCAUGCCACAUAGACUCUGAGUUUCGCUACAACCUCUUCACUGUUUUCUACAGCAUCAUUUUCAUUCUGGGCUUUGUUGCCAACUGCUACGUGCUCUGGAUUUUCAGCCAUAUUUACCCCACCAAGAAACUCAGUGAAAUCAAGAUAUUCAUGGUGAACCUGACAGUAGCUGACCUGCUCUUCUUGGUUACGAUGCCAAUGUGGAUUGUUUACUAUCACCACCGUGGAGACUGGAUCAUGCCUGCGUUCCUCUGUAACGUGGCUGGCUGUUUAUUUUUCGUUAACACCUACUCUUCUGUUGCCUUUCUGAUGGUCAUCACAUACAACCGUUACCAAGCUGUGACUAAUCCCAUUAAAGCUGCUCAGUUUACCACCCAGAGAAGGGGCAUCUACUUAUCAGCAGCUAUCUGGAUCAUAAUAGUGGGCAGCGCUUUGUAUUACCUUUUUGACAAUAACACUAAUCUGGAGGAGAUCGAGUUGAAGAAUUUCACACGGUGCUUUGAGCAUUAUGACUCUUCUGGUAGUGUUUCAGCUGUCCUCGCUAUUCAUGUCAUCAUCUGCAUCCUCUUCUAUAUAAUUUUCUUUUUUAUACUGGGUUGGAACAUCAUCAUUAUCAGGACCCUGUUCUCCAAACCAGUGAAGCCACGGAAGAGUGCUCAUGUCAAGCAAAGGGCACUCUGGAUGGUUUGCACAGUGCUGGCUGUGUUCAUCAUAAGCUUUGUACCUCAUCACAUAGUGCACCUGCCCUGGACCCUGACUGUGCUGGAGCAGUGGCAGAAGGAAAACUGUCGGUUGCGCCAACAGCUCAACGAUGCUCACCAGGUGACCUUGUGCCUCCUGAGUAUGAACUGUGUGUUGGACCCAAUCAUCUACUGCUUCCUCACCAAGAAGUUCCAGAAGCAUCUUUCAGAAAACCUGAAAAGCAUGAAAGGGAGUCGCAAGUGCUCCAGGCAAACCACAGACACAGUGAUUGAGGGCACAAUUCACCAGGAGGAAGCCAUCAGGAUCUAG